ACCAAGUGUCAACUGGGAUUUGGGUUGAACUUUGGGGAAGCUGUGGUGGUAAGUUUAGCAAUGCUCUUUUGGAUUUUAGGACUAACCACCAAAAAAGCACACCUCAUAGACUCUCUCUCUCAACGGUUUAUGUGUUCUAUUUUGGCCACACAACAACAAUAAAAGAGAGUUUUAGAGGGAGAAACAGCAAAACAAAUGGAGAGCAAAGAAGGAGUUAUGAUGGUGGAAAUUGAAGAAGCUCAAGCUGAUAUUGGAGCAGUUAUGGAUGAAGUCAUUUCUGUGGAGCUUCCUGCGCCACCUACUUGGAAGAAACUGUUCAUACCCAGGAGGUCAGGUACCCCAAGAAAGACUGAGAUUGUAUUCAUUGCUCCAACUGGUGAAGAAAUUGGUAAUAGAAAACUUCUGGAGCAGUACUUAAAAUCGCAUCCUGGUGGUCCUGCAAUAUCGGAGUUUGAUUGGAGCACAGGGGAGACACCUAGAAGAUCAGCAAGAAUCAGUGAGAAGGUCAAGGCAACUCCACCUAAAGAGGAGCCUCCAAAGAAACGGAGCCGGAAAUCUUCUGUUUCUAAGAGAGAGAGUAAGGAGGAAGCCAAUGCAAGUGUCACAGGUCCUGAAGAAGUUGAAAUGAAAGAUGCAGAGGCAAAUGAGAAUAACAUUCCUGUUGUAGAGGAUAAAGACGGUUCUGAUAAUCCCAAAGGCGAACCCAAGGAAAUAGAAAAAGUGGGUGCUGAUCCAGACAUAAGCGGUAAAGAUAAGACGGGUAAUGAUGCUGGUGAAAGUAAAAAUGGUCAUACAGAAUCCCUGGAAGCCACAGAGAACAUUCCCCAGGUGAAGGAAGGUGAAAAGCAAGACCACGAGGGAGGUUCAGAUGUAGUUGUUAACUCGGAAUUUGUCAGUAUGGGUGAAACAAACAAGCACGGUAGUGAAACCAACGGUCAAGAUGCGAUUCAAGAGAAAACUGAGGGUUUGGAAGAAGCUGAAAAGCAAGAAAAUGAAAUAGCAGAAACUGUCACACCUUCUGAACAUAUUACUGCUAUUGCUAGUGAGGUUAACCAAUCCGAAAAGGAAAUGGUGCAAACUGAGACCAAGCAAGAAAACGACUCUCAAAGCAACAAAGAAAACAAAAAUGACCAUGACAAUGUUGGCAUUGAACAAUCGAAUGGAGUCGUGGAGGGAGAGAAACAGAAUGAUCAGAAUGAAGCCACAGGUGUAUCAGAUAAUGAGGUUAAGGGCAAUCAAGAUAUUUCAACAAAUGCUGCAAAAUGUAAUGUUCAGGACGAGGAUAGAAGCAUAGAACACGAUAGCUUGGUGAAAGAAAACGGUAAGCUUUAACGAGGACAACCGGUGGAUCGAUGCAGUGCAUAUCGCAACUGUCUGCCGACUGCUGUAUUAUGCUUACUCUCCAUCACCUUUUGGCGGUCUCGACAACCCGAACUUUGUUUCUCUGCAACUGUUUUCAUUCUUCCACGGUCACAGUAGCUUUAGUUUUACGAAUGUAUUUACCCAAAAGAGAACUUGUAGUAGUUAGAUUUAGAUUUUAGAAUCUGUAGCUUUUGUUGUUUUUGCUCACAAGACUUCAUUUGACUGUAGAAUGUUAAUGUUAAUCAGCCUUCUAAUUACAUUGGGUAAGAGAUGUUUUCCUGUUUCAUGCUGCUAUGCUACCUUGUUAAAAAUAAUUCUUUUCUUUCCAAAGUUGUAAUAAUCCUCGACUUUUCAUUGGAGUUGACAUCUGAAGGAAAAUUGGGGCUUGAAGCGGUGUGACUAUGGAAUAGAAUGAAAAUUGGGAUCGUACUGUUUCAA